AUGGGAGGUAAUUCUCCAUGUGCUUCUUGCAAACUACUAAGAAGACGUUGUACUAAGGAUUGUAUCUUCUCCCCAUUCUUUCCAUCUGAUGAUCCUCAGAAGUUUGCUAUUGUACACAAAGUUUUUGGGGCUAGUAAUGUUAGUAAGAUGUUGCAGGAGCUUCCAAUUCAUCAAAGAGCUGAUGCAGUGAGCAGCCUUGUCUAUGAAGCGAACGCAAGAAUGCGAGAUCCAGUCUAUGGUUGCGUAGGAGCCAUCUCUUACCUUCAGAACCAAGUGUCUCAGCUCCAAAUGCAGUUAGCUGUUGCCCAAGCUGAAAUUCUCUGCAUACAAAUGCAACAAGACCAACCCUUAACUCAUGAAAACCAUCAACAACAAAAUAUGAUAUCUCCUCAUAUUGAUAACUCUCUUCUUAAUCCUAUUCCCCAGCUAAUGAACUUUGCUUCUACAAGUAAUGUUGGUCAAGACCCACUCAAGAGAGAGUCGCUAUGGACAUAA